GACCGAUGUCUCGUCGCCCCGUGAAUUGCAACUGAUGGCGGUGAAGGUUGAAAAAGAAUUGGGUCCUGUUGAGAUUUUAGUAAAUAAUGCAUCCUUAAUGCCGAUGACCUCGACACCACAUUUGACCAACGAUGAAAUUGAAACCAUACUCACUGUUAAUUUGGGUUCAUAUAUUAUGACCGUUAAGGAAUUUCUACCGAAAAUGGUGGCUAGAAAAUCAGGACAUGUUGUGGCAGUAUCAGCUUUGGCAGGUUUAGUACCUUUGCCCGGCGCUGGCAUUUACACCGCCACCAAAUAUGGCAUUAUGGGCUUUAUGGAAGCGUUGCGCGGCGAAUUACGUCUAUCUGAUUGCGAUUAUAUACGAACCACAGUGGCAAAUGCCUAUCUAAUGAAGACAAGUGGCGACUUGCCGCUUCUUAGUGAUGCGGGCAUUAUGGCCAGUUAUCCGGGCUUGCCGACACCCUAUGUCGCAGAAAAGAUCGUACGCGGUAUGCUGUACAACGAACGUAUGGUGUACGUGCCGAAAAUAUUUGCACUCACUGUAUGGCUGCUCAGAUUGUUGCCCACCAAGUGGCAGGAUUAUAUGUUGCUGCGCUUCUACCACUUCGACGUGCGCAGCGCUCAUCUUUUCUACUGGAAAUAAGGGUGGCGCUACAGCAUACCCAGU